AUGUUGUCACCACAAGCUCUGUUUGGAGCGUUGGUGCUGCUCUCGGCUCCUUCGGCGGUGGUAGCCGACACCUGCAAGGCACCGAUCAACCACCCAGGAGAGCCUUUCAGCUUUGUUCAGCCCCUUAACACCACCAUCCUGACCCCCUACGGUCACUCUCCGCCUGCCUAUCCUUCACCAAACACUACCGGCAAUGGUGGCUGGGAAACAGCUUUGGUGAAAGCCAAACAAUGGGUGAAUAAGCUCACGCUUGAAGAGAAGACCUGGAUGGCAACAGGCCAGCCCGGUCCCUGCGUUGGCAACGUUCUCCCUAUCCCACGUCUCAACUUCAGCGGCAUCUGCCUGCAGAACGGGCCUCAAUGCGUGCAGCAGGGAGAUUACUCCAGUGUCUUCGUUAGCAGCGUUUCAGCCGCCGCAAGCUGGGACCGCAAGUUGCUGUAUGAGAGAGCGUAUGCAUUAGCCGAGGAGCACAAAGCAAAGGGCUCCCAUGUCAUCUUGGGCCCCAUCGGAGGACCCUUGGGCCGCAGUCCCUACGAUGGUCGUACCUGGGAGGGCUUCGCCGCUGACCCUUACCUCACCGGUGUCUGCAUGGAGGAGACUAUCAAUGGUAUGCAAGAUGCAGGUGUCCAGGCAAAUGCGAAGCAUUUCAUUGCCAACGAGCAAGAGACGCAGCGCAACCCCACAUAUGCCCCGGAUGCCAACGCGACUACCUAUAUCCAGGACUCGGUUUCCGCCAACAUUGAUGACCGUACCCUGCAUGAGAUCUAUAUGUGGCCGUUUGCAAACGCCGUUCGUGCCCGGGUGGCUAGUGCCAUGUGCUCGUACAACCGUUUGAAUGGCUCUCACUCGUGUCAGAACUCUUACCUUCUCAACCACCUUCUCAAGGGCGAGCUUGGCUUCCAGGGCUAUGUCAUGUCUGACUGGGGUGCUACUCACAGUGGUGUGGCUUCUAUUGAAAGUGGUAUGGACAUGACCAUGCCCGGAGGAUUCACCCUUUAUGGUGAGCUUUGGACGGAGGGUUCCUUCUUCGGCAAGAAUCUCACUGAAGCCGUGCAAAACGGCACUGUUCCAAUGUCUCGUCUGGAUGACAUGAUCGUGCGCAUCAUGACUCCUUACUUCUGGCUCGGCCAGGAAAAGAACUACCCUAGCGUGGACGCUUCCGUCGGCCCUCUCAAUGUUGACUCGGCCCCCGACACCUGGCUUUACGACUGGAAGUUUACCGGUGCCACCAACCGUGACGUUCGGGCAAAUCACAGUGCCAUGAUUCGCGAGCAUGGAGGUCAGUCGACGGUACUUCUCAAGAACGAACGCAACGCUUUGCCUCUCCGCAAGCCCCGUAACAUCGUAGUAGCCGGAAAUGAUGCCGGUCCUCUCACGCAAGGUCCGGACCUUCAGGCGGACUUCGAAUAUGGUGUCCUCGCAGGCUCGUCAGGUUCUGGUUCCUGCAGGUUUUCGUACCUGUCGACCCCUCUCGAUGCUAUCAAUGCUCGGGCCCGCAAGGAUGGCUCCCUGGUCCAGUCUUACCUGAACAACACCCUGCUCACCACGUCGGCAUUGACCUCCCCACUCUGGAUCCCCCAGCAACCCGACGUCUGCCUCGUGUUCCUCAAGUCCUUCUCGGCGGAAGGUGAAGAUCGAACUUCGUUGGAACUCGACUGGAAUGGAAACGCCGUCGUGGAGGCCGUUGCCACCCACUGUAACAACACCAUUGUCAUCACGAACUCAGGCGGCGCCAACGUCAUGCCCUUCGCGGACCACCCCAACGUCACCGCUAUCCUGGCUCAGCAUUACGCCGGCGAGGAGACUGGAAAUGCCAUUGCCGAUGUCCUUUACGGUGACGUGAACCCAUCAGCCAAACUGCCAUAUGUGAUCGCAUACAACGAGUCCGACUACAACGCCCCCUUGACCACCGCCGUGCAGACCAACGGUACCUACGACUGGCAGAGCUGGUUCGACGAAGAACUCGAAGUCGGCUACCGGUACUUCGACGCGCACAACAUCUCCGUGCGCUACGAGUUCGGUUUCGGCUUGAGUUACACCACCUUCGACCUGAAAGACCUCAAGGCCAAGGGCUCUGCCGCCGCCAAUCUUACCGCUCUCCCAGCUAAGCGGCCCACCGAGCCAGGUGGUAACCCCGCUCUUUGGGAGACGGUUUACACUCUGGAAGCGGAAGUGUCCAACACCGGGGAUGUUGAUGGAUACGCUGUUCCCCAGCUGUACCUCCAAUUCCCUACUUCCACGCCGGCUGGUACCCCGCCGAGCCAGCUUCGUGGAUUCGACAAAAUCUGGCUCGAGGCUGGUGAGAAGAAGACGGUCACGUUUGACUUGAUGCGUCGUGAUGUCAGUUACUGGGAUGUUGUUGCCCAGGACUGGCGUAUUCCGGCUGGAGCUUUCACUUUCAAGGCUGGGUUUAGUAGCCGUGAUUUCCGCGCGAACAGUGUUGCGACGCUGGUCAAGGCAUGA